AUGUCCGCGCAGUUCACGCGCGCGGGCGACCCGAACGAUGACCGCGGUCCGUCGAUGAUGGUGCGACACGCCGAGCAGCGCGCGCGCGAGGCGGCGGCGAACGCCGACCGGUACCUACGCGAGACGUUCCCGAGAGCGAACGCGACGACGCUGGCGCUGGCGCUCAAAGAGUUCAACAACGACGUCGCGCUGGCGAAGGACGCGUUGAAGGAGUUCUUCGAAGAGGAAGACGGAGGCGAGGAGCGCCGAGCCGAGCUCGCGGAGGCUCGCAAGAAAGACGAAGAGGCGAGACAGAAAGAGAUCGUCGCCAGACUUCGCGCGCACGGCGACGUGAGCGUGAUGCGCGAGCAAGAGAUACUUCGCCAGAAGUUGCAAAUCGCCCAUCGCGUCGGCGACGCGAGCGAAGCGGAACGCAUCAAGGCUUUGCUGUCAGUCGACGACGCGCUCGCGAAAGCCGCGAAGAGUAACUACGGCUUUCGACCCGGAGAUUGA